AUGUCAGCAACUGCUCUGCUUCAAAAAGCAGCUCAAAUGGGAGCAGCUUCUUCUGGUGGUUCAUUGCUUUGCGGGUUAGGCAUAGUUUCAUCAACUUCUUCUUCUAUGGACUCAAUGGUGCCUCACGGUCUAGCAUUGGGACUGCCUUGUGGCGGUGAAAACAGCUCGGGUAGAGCGGUUGGUAACGGUGCAAAUGGACUGUCUUCUCUAGUUGGACGAAGCGGCAUCAUCGAUGUGGCGGAGAGACGUUUGGGUCGGGAGAGUUUUUAG